UUUCUGUCGGUGUCGAACGACAGUCGACGAAUACUUCUCUUCUGAUUUGUCUCCCUGUGAGCAUCUGAUGGUCCUGCCGGAGUUGCAUGUACUGAGACUCAGCGGCAAUCCCUUCAGAAUUCUCCCUGGUGACAUAUUUUUGCCACUUCGGCAGAGUCCACUCUUGAAUCUGUUCCUUGAUAAGUGUCAGCUGUCGCACGUCGAUGAAGGGACAUUUUCCCCUCUGAAACUCCUCCAAAAAUUAAGUUUGAGAGGAAAUCCCGAUCUGUGCAUGGAAAACCUGGCCCGAGCUACUGCUAACAUCGGCUCUCUUUCCAAUGCAUCUCUCGAUUUGUCUCUGAACGAACUGCAAGAGAUACCGACGGACGUGCUUGCAUCAUUAAAUUCCACCUUAAUGCAGCUCUUUCUACGCGGGUGCAACGUAGGAGAGAUUCGUAACGGAUCGUUCCCUCUGCUUCCAGUCUUGGACGUUCUCGACCUUUCGUUGUGUCGAAUAAGGGCGAUUGGAGCGGGCACAUUCGAUGCCCUCCCUCAUCUUCGCACUCUCGACCUGUCCCAAAAUAAACUUACGGGGGUGCCUAAGGCUAUAAUGCUGUCGACGCUGGUCAGCCUGGUACUGAAUGAGAAUCCGUAUUACGGAUACUUCGAGAUGCUUCAGGAACACGGCGACGACGAUCGCGGGUACGACGACGGCUUCUUCGUGCCGCCAUUUGAGAACAUGGACAAUCUCCUCGCCCUCUCUCUCUCCGGGACGGCUAUCAGAAUGCAGAAAAUCACCAAAUACAUGUUUGCUGGUCUGAAGGCACUAAUGAGACUGGACCUCAAUGACUGCAACUUGUAUUCGAUCGAGACAGGAGCCUUUUCUGCCCUGGAAUCCCUGGAGAUUUUAGACAUGUCUGGGAAUCAGCUGGAGAUCGAGAACGACGGCGAAUUCUUGGGUCUUACCGAACUCAAAGCAUUAUUCCUUCACGACAACCACAUCAGCUCUCAAGGCGCUACUUCCCCGUUUAAAACGUUGAGAAACCUCACCGUUUUGAAAUUAAACAGGAACUCCAUGACCCACCUCACAGAAGAUUUCUUUGCGGAAAUGGAGACGAUGGAGACGCUGAUCCUGUCGGAGAACGAUAUCGAACAGUGGAAUUCGCCAGUUCUCGGAGCCACGAAGAAUAUGCAUAACUUGCGGUUGGAUCGCAAUAAAUUGGUGGCGGUGACCGAGGCCAUGCUGACAGAUUUCGCAAAUUUAGCGACCCUGGAUCUCUCGGGAAAUCCUUUCAAGUGCGACUGCGGGCUCUAUCAUUUCUACAGAUGGGCCUCGGAAAACCAGGAGAAACUGGAAGGAUGGCUCGAGGAAGGAGCCUACACGUGCUGGGCCAACAACAGCACACAAUAUUCCUUCUUGCUCGACGGGGACGAGAUCUUCCGGGAUUGCGUUCGUAGUGGGGACACGAACGACCAGGCACCAACCGCCACGAAGGCUGGCCUGAUCAUCGCCCUCUCUGUCCUCGUCGUCCACGUAUCGAUUGUUGGGUGAUUCGUUACCCGGAGAAGUGUGAAGCGUCUUGGGGCAAUGAUAGUGGAGAGGUGUCCUAAUAAUCUUCCUCAAGCAGUGCACAGAACCGAUCCGCGACGGGCUGGAAUAUUUGUGAUUUUCAAUGAUAUCAGUUACCCCACUCGCUUUAAUGCUUGUGAAUCUUCACCUACCAUCACAUCAAUACCUAAAGUAAAUUUCAAUUCAGCAAUAAAAUUCAGC